ACAUAGGCUACAGUGACACUAAUCCACAUUGGAGAUGUUAAACUGAUGGCCGUGAAAUAUUGAGAUAUUUUGUUAUGUUUUUAAAUUAACAUUCGCCCACAAAGGCCCUUAAAAACAUCACAUUCAGGAAUGUCAUGGAAGUCAACGGAGCACGUAGUCCUCCGAAUAGCAGUGACCAGGAAAUAAAUAAAUAAAAUAAUCCGUGGCUGCUGGGCUGACGGCCGUGCAUUCGCGGGGCUGUUGUCGGACUGCCGAAGACAGACGCCCACCUCGAAAAUAAUGAACAACAAAUUUGACGCUCUCAAAGAUGAUGACAGUGGCGACCAUGACCAAGACAAUGUCUCACCGAAAGACUGUGAAAAGGAAAAAAGCGAAGACGAGGAGAAGGAUCCAAACACUGCCAAGAGAAAGAUGGUGGUUCCGGGGGCCGGUGAACACCCUCUCCAGUACAACUACACCUUCUGGUAUUCUCGUCGCACGCCUGGCCGACCCGCCAGCACGCAGAGCUACGAACAGAACAUCAAACAGAUCGGCAGCUUCGCCUCGGUGGAGCAGUUCUGGCGAUUUUACAGUCACAUGAUCCGGCCGGGCGAUCUGACUGGCCACAGUGAUUUCCAUCUCUUCAAGGAGGGCAUCAAGCCCAUGUGGGAGGACGAUGCCAAUAAGAUGGGUGGGAAGUGGAUCAUCCGGCUGCGUAAGGGGCUGGCGUCGCGCUGCUGGGAGAACCUGAUCCUGGCCAUGCUGGGCGAGCAGUUCAUGGUGGGAGAGGAGAUCUGUGGGGCCGUGGUCUCCGUGCGCUUCCAGGAGGACAUCAUCUCUAUAUGGAACAAGACGGCGCAGGACCAGGGCACCACCGCGCGCAUCAGAGACACCCUGCGCAGAGUCCUCAACCUGCCCCCCAACACCAUCAUGGAGUACAAGACACACACUGACAGCAUCAAGGCCUGGGAGGAUUUCCAUGGGCUGGUCAAUGCUGGUGGAGGACGCUAGAUAUUUCUGCAGUGAGUCUAUGCCAAGGAUUUCUUCUUUUGUUUUGGUUGAAGAACAGUGCUCCCGUGGAUGAGACCUGGCUUCCUGAAGAAAAGAGAGGUUCCUGUUUUUGAACCAACCGUACAAGCAAAACUGAGAUGAUCAGUAAUCCUGCAUAUAUGAAAUAAAGGAACCAGGACGUUGGCAGGGGCAAGAACGUGCGGGAUGGGAACAAAAAAAACAAAAAAACGCAAGGAUGGCAGAGGGCAAAGUCUCACAGGGUGCUCUUGAUGCAUGCAGUCCCUUAUUUUGCCACUAGGGGGAGCACUCAUAAUGACAAACUUGCCACAAUUGCUGUGAUCUGUGAUCUCUGAGAGAGUCUACAGAGCAUUGAACCAACCCACCAACCAACCAAGCGACCAACUAACAAAACAUAAGAGAUGUACAGGAGUCAAAAUACCAAGAUUUGAAAGUCCUCUGUUGUUGAAUUCAGAUUUUUCUUUUCACUGAGCAGCUUUAGCUGUGCGUGUUUGAUGUUAAGAAGAAGAAGAAAAUCAAAACAGGGUUGCAGGUCAAAGUUUUACAAAAGUGCAGUAUUUUAACUGUAGUGUUUUAAGUUUGUUGAUCUAGAGCUGUUGUAAAAAAAAGUUAUAUUUCUAAAAGCAUUAUUUUGGAAGAUGUACAUUUUUGGGGAAUCGUUGUGGAUUCCUUUCCCUUUGACCAGACAAUUUUGGAAUCCAAAGGUUGUGCAUUGUUUAAAAAGGGUGAGACCCAUGUUGAGUGGUGUGUGUAUAACUGCUUUCAGACUCGUGCCUGAACUCUGGUAAUUGCUCUGCAGAGCUCUUUUCUCCAGGAGGAUCUGCAUUUGUGAAAGGGAAUGUCAGAUCUGGGUGAAUUUAUUUUAUUACAUGAAUUUAUUUUAUUAAACUUGUUUUGUGACAAGUGUCAUAGCAUGAGAGACAUAAUUGGUUUCUGUCCAUUUUGGAUGCACUUGUCCUCACAAAACUGCGUUUGCACCCUAUGUCUAAAUUGCCGUUAUUGAAUAACACUCCAAUCUAAAUUUCCAAUUUUGUAGCUGCGUUCAAAAUCAAUCCAGUUGCUGGACAAAUUGUCCUGUUCACCUGUUUUCAGUGGAGCCACAUGGCCAGAUAUUUUUCUUGGGCAGACGGAUCAUACAGGAUGGAAAGCAAUCUCUAGAUUUGGUUGCAUCCUCUGGUUUGUAGUGACUGGUUGGUAGGUGUAUAGGCAUCUCCGCUAGCAAGUGUGAUCAGCACCUAAGGGUUUACCAAAAUGUACUUUCACUCAUGCAGUGCCUGGAAAAGGGGUAGAGCGGGCAAAAAUGUCAGUGUUUCCAGGCUGUGUGUGUGAGUAGCUGAUACAGUGUGUGUUGAUGAUAGCCUCUGUAGGAUGGAUCGCCAUGCUGCCUGUAGCACUGUGCCUGGCCUCGAAGCCUACCGUCCCUCUCAUCUCUCUCCUCACCCUCAGAGAUUUUGUGUGAUUUGUUUCAUUUUUCUUUCAAAAACAAAACAAAGAAGAAGGAAAAAAAACAGACAAAAUCUCUCUCUUCCUCAAUGUUGAGGAUUAAUUACAUUGAUUGACAGGUAUUGACGGACAGUUGGAUGAAAGAAAGAGAAUGUCAGUGAUACGUUUUUUUUCCUGUUGUUGUCGGAUGUAAGGAAGAUGCUGAUUGGUCAAGUGCAAAGGGACUUGUGUUCCUUCUGAGUGGUGAUUGGCUGCUGCUCCUGCCAUUAUCAUUCAGUUGAGAGGCCUCUGCACUGUACUGGGAUCAGCUUUGAGCCUUUGUCUUAAUCAGAGAAAGCUUGUUGACACAAACACGCUGGAUAUGGGCGGAAAGGAUGACAAAGGGCCUCUGCCCGGGGCCUGAGCGCCUUAUAUGUGUCUUUUACCCAUUUACAUACAUACACACAUACAUACUGCCUGGACUUCAGAAGAUGGUGCUGGAAAAUGGUGGUGAUGUUUAAGAAAACAGUCAAAAAGAAAAAAAAUACAAAAGGGUAUUGUUUGAUUAUAGCAAUAAAUGCUGAUUAUGCAUCUGCUGCUAAC